GCUCAGGAGGAGUCACCGCUCCGGCGGAGAGGGAGGGCUGAAGUCCGGCCAGCAGCGACUGCUGCAGCCCCCUUGGCCUCCCUGCACACACACUGCUCCAUCGCGCCGUGUCACUCCGCAGCCGCCCCCCGCCCUCUGCCUGUCGCGGCGGCUGUAGGAAGGAGCCGGAGCCGGGGCCGGGGCCGGGCCGGCCUGUGGUGAGCUCGGGCCCGGCCGCAGGGGGCGGGCUGGAGGAGCGGGAGAGGCGCCUCCCUCCACGGGCUGGGGACCGGAGUCCGGAGAGAGACGCGGCGCGGCUGCUGCGGGAGGCUCGUCCCGGGAGGAAAUCAUUGUAAGCUUGGUGUCUUGAAAAUAUGGAAUCAAUCUCUAUGAUGGGAAGUCCUAAGAACCUCAAUGAAACCUUCUUACCAAAUGGUGUUAAUGGUAUCAAGGAUGCCAGUAAGAUCACAAUAGGGAUAUUUGGAAGUGGAGACUUUGCCAAGUCCCUGACCAUUAGGCUUAUAAAAUGUGGAUAUCAUGUGGUCGUAGGAAGCAGAAACCCUAAAUUUGCUGCUGAGUUCUUCCCACAUGUGGUUGAUGUUACUCACCAUGAAGAUGCUGUAGCAAAAACUAACAUCAUUUUUGUCGCCAUACACAGAGAACAUUAUGCCUCUUUGUGGGACCUCAAGCAUUUACUUAUAGGUAAAAUCCUUGUAGAUGUUAGCAACAAUAUGAGGGUGAAUCAGUAUCCAGAAUCCAAUGCAGAGUAUUUGGCCUCCCUGUUCCCAGAUUCGCUGAUUGUCAAAGGAUUUAAUGUCAUCUCAGCCUGGGCACUGCAGUUAGGACCAAAGGAUGCCAGCAGACAGGUCUUUAUAUGCGGUAACAAUGUUCAAGCUCGCCAUCAAGUUAUCGAACUUGCCCGACAGCUGAAUUUUAUUCCCAUUGAUUUGGGGGCAUUGUCUUCUGCAAGGGAGAUUGAAAACUUACCUCUGCGGCUGUUCACGUUGUGGAAAGGGCCGGUAGUAGUGGCUGUUAGUUUGGCCACCUUUUUCUUCAUCUAUUCUUUCAUCAGAGAUAUAAUACAUCCAUAUGUGAGAAAUCAGCAGAGCGACUUUUACAAGAUUCCCAUUGAGAUUGUGAACAAGACUUUACCAGUUGUUGCUAUUACUUUGUUGUCUCUGGUGUAUUUAUCAGGGCUCCUGGCGGCUGCUUAUCAGCUUUAUUAUGGCACUAAGUAUAGGCGACUUCCUCCCUGGCUGGAGAGUUGGUUGCAAUGUAGGAAACAGCUGGGACUACUCAGUUUUUUCUUUGCUACCGUGCACGUGGCUUAUAGUCUCUGCUUACCAAUGAGGAGGUCUGAACGAUACUUGUUUCUUAAUAUGGCUUAUCAGCAGGUUCAUGCAAAUGUGGAAAAUUCUUGGAAUGAGGAAGAAGUGUGGCGAAUUGAAAUGUAUAUCUCCUUUGGAAUAAUGAGUCUCGGCUUGCUUUCUUUGUUGGCAGUUACUUCCAUCCCUUCAGUAAACAGUGCCUUAAACUGGAGGGAAUUCAGUUUUAUUCAGUCUACACUGGGAUAUGUUGCUCUGCUCGUAAGUACUUUCCAUGUGUUAAUUUAUGGGUGGAAAAGAGCCUUUGAAGAAGAAUACUACAGGUUUUAUACACCACCAAACUUUGUUCUUGCCCUUGUUUUGCCUUCUAUUGUAAUUGUAGGUAAGAUCAUUUUACUCUUUCCAUGUGUAAGCAGGAAACUGAGAAGAAUCAGAAGAGGCUGGGAAAAAAGCCAAGUUAUGGAAGAAAGAGGUGGGACUAUUCCACAUCUCUCACCAGAAAGGAUUACGGUGAUGUGAUGAUAGAAUAGUGUCCAUUAACACUAUCGUUGUCACUGGGUUUUUUUUUGUUUGUUUGUUUUAAAACUUGUGUUUUUAGGAGUUUAUAUAACUCACGUGUAAAAGUUGCUAUGGACUUGCUUGGCAUAUGGUACAGGCUCUCAGCCAAGGAAUGAGCAAUUUAUUUUUCUUCAGAAAUUUAAAAAAAAAAAUCACUUACAUUUUAAGUUACAAGACGGCAAACAAUGUGAAAUCAGGAUUUUUUUUAAUGCUUCUUUGCACAAUUUGUAUCACAAACAUUGUGGUUUUAUAAUUAAAACCAAAUGUUCCAGACAGCAUUUCUUUGACUGAUAGCAUAUGUUCCAGACAGUACUUUUUUUUAUUAAAACCAUCCUUUUUUAGUUAGUCAGUCCAGAAUGUAGAGUAAUAGAUUUUAAUGAUUUAGGAAAUAAACAUGUUUUGAAACAGCUGAGAUUAAAUUUUUAAUGGUUGAAAUUAUUUAUUGCACAUGUACAUUACACAUAUUUGUGUAGCUCAACAAGGAUUUUGAACCAAAACAUGACUUGAAUAUAAUAAAAAAUGUGAGUUGCAUUAAGGAAUAUGAUUUCAAAGUGCUGCAUAUGGUUUUAGACAUGUAAUGUCCAUUGACGUUAAUGAGUCACGCAGUGAAAAUCCAAUCCAAUACUUUGAAGGUGCAAGAAGGACUUAUAUAAAUUUGUACAAUCAACUAAUGAUCACUUUAAAAAUAAAACAUGCCAAAAAUUAUUUAAAAAAAUUAAAGUUGGGAGAAAUUUGCAAUAAAAAAAUUCAACUUUAUGGGUGAAACUUCCAAUAUCUUAAGCACAAUAGAGAACGACCAUAAUGUUAAUGUUAUCUGUGUGUUUCUGUGUUGGAGUUUCAGUUAUGGCACAUGAAUUUGCCUCUCUUUCAACCUUAAGAUCUUUUAAUGUAUUUUUGUUGCAUAAAUAAUGUUCUAUUUUUAUAUGAAACUUUUGUUUUUACCGCCAGCAUCUGUGGGGAAUGCUUUACUGUGAAUUUUUAAGAAACAAAAACAAAUAUUGCUAUACUUCAGCAUUUUAACAUGAGAUGAUGAUCUCGUGAAAUGGAAAUUUCCCUCUAAAAUUUGUAAUUCUGGCUUUCUGAAUGUUGUUUAGAAUGAUUUAUCAAUGACUCCUUUAGCAUGUUUUGUUCUUCUUUAAGGAAUAGGCCAAACUACUCAUUUACACUCGUGCUGCUCCUAUAGAAAUCAGUGGAAGUUGUUCCCAUGCAUCAGAGUGCAGAAUUUGGCUCUGCAUCUCUACCUAUUUUUGGAGUAUUACAGCUCUGCUGUCUUUAAUUGUUUUCUUUCCUCACAUUUUUGCAAUAAUUUGCCAUCAUUAUGAUAAAUAUUUGCAAUAGGACUCUGAUCCAUAUAGUACUUGUGUAUACUUAAGUUAAGUUCAUGAGUAGUGCCAUUGACUUUACUGUCUACAUUUGUAAUGAACCCUAUACCCAUGCAAUAUGUACUUAGAGCCAAAUUCUGCUCCCACUUACAUCAGCAUAAAUCCAAACUAACUCAGUGCCAAUUGUUUUUAGUUUCAUUACAAACUCAAGAACCCCAAUCAGGUUUUUCAAGAUUCAUUACAGCCUCCAAGCCUUUCAAACAAACCUAGAUCCAUUUAUGGUUUUGUCAGAAUCACAAGAAAUCUGCAGUUUUACAUGGUUUCACCUGUGUUCUGCUUUACAUAUAGGGUUUGUUCAAACUCAAAACCCAGACUGAAACUCCAGGCAGAGGACUUUCUCAAAAUGACACAACACAGAGUGAGAUAAAGUGGGUUAGUUAAUAUCUUUUGUCUUUAGAAAGCUUGUCUCUCUUAUCAACAGAAUUUGGUCCAAUAAAAGAUAUUACUUCAUCCACCUUGUCUCCCUAAUGCCAUGGGACCGACACAACUACAACAAUGCUGCAUACAAAAUUAAGUGUUUGCAUGAACCUCUGCCAAGCUAAACAAUCAGUAUUGCUUGUCUCUAGCUCUCUUUACUAUCCAGUGAAACCCCACCAAAAAAAAUGGGGGUUAGACAAAUGGGGGAUUCAAUCAAUUUUCUUGACAUAUUUUGAAAAACAUAAAUUCAUUUUGAAAUAGUGGGGAGUUCCCAGUUUCUUGCAAUUUUAUUUAUCCUCCUCAUCCACCCCAUUUUUAAAUUGCCCCCUACUAGAAGCAGAAGGAGGAAAAAUCCACUUCUCACCUUUUUUUUUUACGUGUUCCCCUUGUAAAGUUAAAAAGUUAAACUUUUAAAGCUUUUUUGUGUUUUUCCAAUAGAAAAAAAAAGUUUAAAAAUGAGAGAAAGCAGUCUGUUGCCUUUUUUGUUUUUAAACCGUUCUACCAUAUUUUUACUUGAGAAGAGGGGGAGAAAGUAAAAUAGAAAAAAAUCCAAAGAAUCUUUUUUCUAAAUGAAAUUUUUAAUUUUGUUUAGAAUAAAUCAUUUAAAAUUGAUUAAAUGAAAAAGGAGAAAAAGUAAAAAAUUUCAAAUGUAUUGAAAACUUCAUUUUCUUUCAAAAUUUUUCACAAAAAGAACAACAUUUCAAGAAGCUAAUCUAAGUUUCUUUUUGCAAAAUGCCUGUGUCGUGAACAGUCAGAUGGAUCAUUCUGUACUAUAUGAGCACAGUUAUUUUAUUAGGUGAAUAAAAGAGAUACUAUCAAUAUUAUAGAAAGAAAGGGCAUUACUAACUUUAAGGGAAUAAUGCUUUCAGGUAAAUAUGAACAAAUGACAAAUAGAACUUCCAUUUACUGUGUUUGUGUGUGAUUCACUCCAGUACAGAAAACUUUGCAAACCUCUCCACACCAUUUAAAGUGAAGAAGGGAUAUACAGAUGCCUCCAGACUGCACAUAGGUGGAUCCAGUGGCCUAAAUUUCCUCUGUCGGGGGUGCAAUUUGCCCUCAUGCAAACAGGCAGCACAAGGCUCAGGGCCGGUGCUUCCACUAGGCGACCCUAGGCAGUUGCCUAGGGCAGCAGGAUUUGGGGGACUGCAUUUUGCCGCCCUUGGUGGAAAUGCGGGGGGGGGGGGGGGGAGAGUCUUUCCGCUCCGGAUCUUCGGCAGAAAUUUGGCGGCGGGUCCUUCACUCGCUCCGGGAUCCGCCACUGAAGUGCCCCGAAGACGCGGAGCCGAAGGACCCCUGCCGCCGACGACCCCAGGCUCCCUGAAUGCUCAGAGGAGGAGCGCUGCUGCCUAGGGCGGCAAAAACCCUGGUGCCGCUCCUGACAAGGCCUAUGCACUUAGGCCCAUAUCCUCAAUGGUAUUUAGCUGCUUAGUCCCCAUUGAAAUCAUAGGAGUUAGGCGCCUAAAUACUGUUGAGGAUUUGGGCCUUAUGCCCCAGUCCUGCAAACACACUUAUGUACAUAAGUAUCUUUCCACACAUAUGUAAUUCCAUUGUCUUCAAUAGAACUAUUCACUUGCUCAGAGUUACUCAUGCACAUUGAUGUAUGCAGAAAUGGGCCCUUGAAUCCUGGUUUGGAGGCUUAUGUUGGGUAUAGACCUUGUGUUGUCCCCCUGCACAGCAGUGAAUUUCCCCCAUGUGUGCAGAGGGUCAGCAGCCACUAUACCAAGCUGUAAAGAGGGGUACGUGGAUUUUGUCACUUAGUGUCUUAGUUCCCCACACAAAACCCAAUUACUGUGUUGGGAGGGAUGAAUUCUGCCCUAAGAGAAUAGUAUUUCUAACUUAUAUUGGAAUGUAUGACGUCCUGAAGACUCAGAAUACAGUAAAUGCCAUGGAGCAAAUUCUGCUCCCAGUUCUACUCCAGCAGCCCUAUUGAAAUCACUGAAUUUCCAUGGGUACAACUGAGCUAAAAUUAUUACUGAUUGUGACUAUUACUAUUUCAAUAUUUAAUAUGUUUGUAUUAAUUUUAUCAUAAUAUAUAGAAAUGCCAACUAAAAUUCAUCUUCCCUAGAACUUUCCAGAUCUUGUUUGAUGUUUUAGGAAUAUUGCUGUAGUACUAAUACAGUAUUAAUAUUGUUGCAUUAUUAAAAUACAGUAGCAACUGUGCAUUGCCACCUUAGUCCAUCUGUUUUGUGGUGUGUGAUGCAUUAUAUUUAUCCUUAUUCCUAUGCAAAAAGAAAUACUUAGUUCUAACAGGAAAAAAUCAUACAAUGUAGUAUGCUGCUUAACAUCUGUAAAAAGUAAUUAGAUCAUUUCAUGAUUAACUCAUUUCAAGAAUGUUUAAACUCAUGGUAAAUCUGGACCACGUGACGUUUCUUAAAAUGUUGUCAUGGAUUGGUGGGGGGUUUUCAACCGUGUGUAUGGGAAAUAAAUAUGUGCUUUUUAUUUUAUGUGUCUUGAAAGUUGAAAUAUUGAAUUAUGAAGAAAUAGCUUAUAUUUUUGGAUCAACUAAAUUAAGAAAUUUUAUGAAAUAUUUGUGCUAUAUAUGUAAUAGUGUACCCAGCUAGCCUAUGUAUUCAUUUCUAACUGGAGUAACAAGCUGACUUGCUAUUAAAUCUUUUGUAAUUUACUUUAUUGUAAAGAUUGAUUCUAUUUAGCAAGAAUUCUGAAAGUAAAAUGAAAAGGUCUUGCAUGGCACAUAUUAUGGAUCAGAUCCUGCCAAUGUCUAUUCAUGUAAGAAAUCUUUCUUAAUGUGGUUAAUCCCAUUGAUUUCUACGGAACUGUUUGCAUAAGGACUUCUCCUGUGAGUCCAGAUUUCCAGGAUCAAGUUCUAAAGUCAAAAUUCUCAAUGUUGGUUGCCUACAGUUAGACAUCUCCAUUAUUUAGGUGCCUAAAUAUAGAUUUAGGUGCAUAACUUCAACAACCAACUUUGAGAAUGAUAUAUUUUUAUACAACAUUGCAUUCAUCAUUUAUUGAUUGUAGGGAUAUCCUAUAUAUUAUGUCCUAUAUAGUAUGAAAACAACUGAAUUCUCUUCCUUGCCACCAAGGGUGGCCAAACUUACUGACCUGCUGAGCUACAUAUGACAGUAUUCAAAAGUUCGAGAGCUAGGUUGCGACUGCCAGGGCUCAGGGCUUCAACUUUGCUCCUGCUGAAGUCCUGAUCCCCGGCCCUGAGCCACUGGACUCCCUCCCUACAGCUCCCAGCUGUUUGCUGCUGCCUGUCCACUCAGAGCUAAUGCCUGGGAUCUGCAGGGAGGGGCCACUGAGGGUAAGGAGAGGGUGCUGGGGGGACGUGACUCAAGCUGCUGGUGGGGGCAAACAUUUAAGUUGUGCCCCCCCACUCUCAGCUGGCACCAGUCAUCACUGGUAGAAGCCCCUAGUCCUACCACCCCACCACAAGGCAGAAGCCCUGAGCUCCCCCGCCCCACAGUCAGGUGGAGAAUGGGAGGGAGUGGGAGGCUCCACGAGCCACACAUUAACUGUAAAAGAGCCACAGUUUGGCCACCCCUGCCAUAUUUCAUAAUAACAAAAUACCACUUAACAUAUAAUGCAAUAUUGCACACAUUCUAUCAGUAAAUGCACAUUUCUCUGCAGUAAAUAAUUGGAAUGACAUUUUGGAACAUGUUCUUUGUUUUCUGCAGAUGAUUAUGGUAUUUUUUAACCACAAUUUAUUAUAUAGUGCCAUAAAAAUAUUUCAUAUUUGUGCUUAAUUUCACAGUGUAAUUCUGUUCAAUAUCGCUAUUAUAUACAAAGUUGAUAAAAAUUACCUUGUUGAAAUUUGAUUUUUAAUAGGUAAAUUAUUUUGAGAUUCGGUUGUAUUUUAAGUUCUUUAUUUAGUUUGUGACAAUGUUACAUUUACAGUGUACUGGUGCCAUGUCUGAAUUUUGUUCCAACAUUGUACAGCAUGUGAUGUGCCAACAUGAGAACGUGCAACUGUAUUUUCAUUUGUUGGUAAAUCACUUAUAAAAUAUCUUGUACAUGUUCAAUGUGUAAUUAGCUAUAAAUGCAGCCCUAAUAGCAUUAAUGGGAAAGAACAGUUAAGGCAGCUGUUGUUUAUUCCCGAGUUGCUAUGAAUUUCACAAUGUAUGAAUAGAGUUAGGAACCUGAGUUCUUCUAAGUCUGAUAAAAGCAAAAAUCAGAAAUAUCAUGCAAAUAAAUAUUAGAUAGAUUGAUUUCUUCAAUAUGAUAUUUUCAAGAGUUCAGGUGAAUAGACUCAGUGGUAGUGGAGGCAUAUGAGUAGUGCUUUUCAAACAGUACUUCUCUGAGUACAAAAGUUUUGCCUUUAUUGGAUGUUCAUCGUAGUUCUUAUAAGUAUUUCCUAUAAAUGUAAUAAGUAACUUUCAAAUUAUCAUAUUUUAUCACUACAUGAUGCUGCUUCAGUUAACUAGAUUGCUACCUUUAAAAUGAGUGACACGUUGAACGAAUUUAAACAAUGAUCUCCAUAAUCUUUGUAUACUGUUUCUCAUGCCUUGCUUACAAUGUUUCACAGUGAACAUAUUAUGAGUCUCCUCUGUGCAAUACUUACUUGACAGUCCUCUUUGUAGUUGUGUUCUCCAACUUUGUCAAUUACUGUUUGUGUUGUCUAUAUGAACAGGGCUAUUAUAAAUGACUGGCAGUGCUUUCACAUAUUUUUCCAUAGAAUCUGUUUUACACAAAGAUCAAUAAAAACUUAAUAUCAAAUA